UCCAAUAAAUUCAAUCAAAUGGCGUCGACUGGUGCUGAAAACAAGCCUCUCACACGAAGGAAAAGAGCAGACGGAGAAGAUAGUGAUGCUGUCGCCUUGAAGAGGGACAGAAGUGAACCCAGCCGGUUGGAGUCGUGUUUGGAUCAACCCGUAGACUCGAGUGUUCGUGAAGUCAUCAAGUUCACACCGUCGCUGCUCUCAGCAAAACACUAUGAUGCUGACACCACCGAACCGAUCAGCUGUGGUCUUCGCACAAUGGAAGAGUUGCUGUCGUGGAAACGAAGCGAGGCAAACCCGUUCAACGUGGCAGUCGUCCCCCUGGCGCCUCGGGAUCCACCUCUGGCCAGAUGUCUGCAGCGGACCAUGGUGUCUCAUGACAUGAUGGGUGGCUACAUAGACGACAAGUUUAUCCAGGGAACCCACACUGAGGCUCCAUAUGCCUUCUACCACUGGCAAUACAUCGAUAUUUUCAACUACUUCUCACACCUCUUGGUCACUAUUCCUCCUGUCGUUUGGACCAACGCCGCACAUAGACACGGAGUGGUCGUUCUUGGGACUUUCAUCACAGAGUGGACUGAUGGAGCCGCGAUGUGUGAAGCUUUCUUUAAAGACGAGGAGUCGUACCGGGCGGUGGCCGAUAAAUUAGUGCAGAUCAGCCACUGUUACGGCUUUGAUGGAUGGCUCGUUAACAUAGAGAACGUCCUCAGUGAGGUUGCGGUGAAGAACACUCCUUUGUUCCUGCGCUAUCUGACUGACCAGAUGCAUGAGCGAGUGCCCGGCAGCCUGGUCAUGUGGUACGACAGCGUGAUUGAGAACGGACAGCUGAAAUGGCAGAAUGAACUCAACCAAACCAACAGGAUGUUUUUUGAUGCUUGCGAUGGUUUCUUCACCAACUACAAUUGGACAGAGCAGAGCCUGGAAUUUAUGAAGGACUACUCGGGGGCUCAAGGCCGCCAGGCCGACAUCUAUGUCGGGGUGGACGUGUUUGCCAGAGGACAGGUGGUGGGAGGAAUGUUUGAAACAAAUAAGGCCCUGGAACUCAUUCGGAAGCACAACUUCUCUACAGCCAUCUUUGCCCCAGGCUGGGUGUACGAGACCCACGAAAAUAAGAGUGAAUUCCGCAAGAAUCAAGACAAGUUUUGGGCUCUUCUGUCAAACUACCUGUACGUCCACCGGCCAGCCUCACCGCUCCCCUUCAUCUCCUCCUUCUGCCAGGGCUUUGGGAAGACUCUCUACUGGAGAGGACAGCCUGAGACAAAGAGGAGCUGGUUCAACCUGACAGCACAGGAGAUCCAGCCGUUGUACUACCACCAAAACCUGGAGGCCCAGGGCUGGUUGAGGACCAGCGGCUGCCCAGAGGACGCCUGGAACGGAGGCUGCUCGCUGCUGGUGGACGGAGUCAUCCCUGCAUCUCGCGUCACUCCGGUUUGUGCCAAGAUCUUCUCCCUCCAUGUACCUCUGGCAAUGAAGACCCUGGUGACCCUCAUCUACAAGGCAUCUACUGGGAUCACAGUCUCUCUGGAGCUGAAGACGACAGAUGCCAGUCAGUGCACGCACGUCGACGUCCAAGAAGUCAGCCUGACCAGUGUGUCCCCUGAAGUACUAGAUGACGGGAGCCAGCUAGUGAGUCAGUUCUCUCAGCUGUGUGGAAACUGGAAUCCAGGCGGUUGGACUGUCAGGUGUUCACAGCUGGAGCUUCAUGGAUGCGUCCUUAGAGAAGUGUGUGUUAGGAUCCAGCGGGAUGGAGAAGCUCAGGACACUCCUUUCAACUGCAGGGUUGGAGAAAUAAUGAUUCUGGAUGUGGCCAGUCUGCAGGUGCAGCCACAGCCGGUUCAGGGCUUGUGCAUUGACGACGUGGUUUGGCUGCGAGGUGCCGGUACCUCUCCACAGUCCACCUCUCCCAGCCUGCGCCUCAACGCCACUCUGCGCUGGGACUACCCGACUGAUCUCGUACGCCACUUCAAGGUGUAUUGGCGACGGCUGAGAGGACCCGAUCCCCGAAUCCCUCCAGGUCAGCUGGUGCAGGUGGGCCGGGCGUAUUCUAAUCUGUUCAGGGUGACGGAGCUGGUUGUGCCGGAGCCGCCCUCCCUGCUGGAGCUGGUGGUGGAGCCGGUGAUCAGGAAGGGCUUCCUCGUUCCUGAGAGCCACUGGGGAAGAAGAAGCCUCAGCUACACGGCGGACGUAACGCAGUGAUUUUACACAAGUUGUUCAACGGUGCUUCUCCACGACUCUUUCAUCGGUGCUGCUUCUGCAAUCGCAGCUCUGAUGCAAAACUCAGCAUUUCCAUGUUGGAGCCUAAAUGCUCUUCCUCACCUAUUUGUUAUUGGCUUAGCAAGUUUGGAGGACAGAUUUAGAGGCCUUCUAACAACCGUCAACUGUAUGCUGGAGCUGAUCUCCACCACAGUUGUUGGCUCUUCUCAUUCUCUGGAUACAUGAAAGUGAAGCUAUUGACCGAACGCUGUGAUCAAAUAUAUGUUAAUCUGCUUGAAUUAUUGCUUAUCAUGCUUUGUUUUACCUCUUUCAGUCAAUCCAAAGCUUUCUACCAUAUCACAGAGUUUUCAUCAGGUCCACAGAUGCAGCUCCAUGACAGCAGGACUAACGGCUAAAGAAACAGUUAAAAGGGCGAGUCUGCAUUUUAGGAAUGCCCCCUAUUCACUUUAUCAUCUAUAUAUGUAUGUAUGUAUGUACGAGAAGGGAAAAAUUAUACGUCUGAAUUCCAGGAGAUCUCCAGCUUAAAUGUGCAGCUAAAGGGAACAUUGGUGGCUCGGAAAAAUCAGAAAUUAUGUCAAUGAUGUCGACAUAGAGCAGAAUCUCAAAGGAACGUCUCCAACAGCCGAAGGAAUCCACAACACCAAGGACUGAGGCUAUUUUGACAGGCGCUGCUCACUGUUAGUAUGGUUUCUAACAUAGUGCUGCUCAGUGAGUGUAUACAAUACUUAAUAUGCUGUAUGAAAUCACUGGUAUUUUUUUACACACUGUUCAUGAUCUGUUUACUGUUCAUUUAUUCAAUUUCGUUGACUUAACCAGAAUGAUGAGCAAACAAAUUGUUUAACCGAAGGGAAAAUUUUCAAAAUUUUUCAUUAUAGGGUUUUUGAAAAGUGCUACAGGAAUUAUUAAGCCUCUAUUUAAAAAUCAAAACUCUGCAACCUGUGAUCACCAGAAGUUAAGUUCUGCUGUAUUUUCUAUUCAGAAUUUACAUGCCUACAUCCAUUUCCCUCUUUUCAGGGUGACUUCUGAAGACGUGUGUUAUAGUAAAGGCAGUCAAUAUUUAUGCAGGUUUUUAUUUUGACUAGAUUUUUUUGUUACUUAAAGUAAAGAUGCACUUUAAUCUCAUGGCUGGUUUUACUUCACUGCACAGCGUUUUACUGCAGUGUAUGUGCUUUCUGUAAACAAGACUGAAAGUGUUCAUUAACUCGCAGCUCUGAGAGGUGGGAUUAACUUGACUGUAAAAUGCUAACGUCAGCUUGUGGAUUUCUACCACAGUCAGCCUCUAAAUUCAUCGUGUUAGUCUGCUAACAUGAGACUGAAAACCAAAGUUUUGCUUGUUUAACAGUUUGAUCCGAUGAAAGUGCCUCAGGACAAGUAAUAAGAUCAUUUAAAUAACAAAUUAUAUCUUAAAGGUGGAUGUAAAAAAGUUUGUAUCAAAUUACAUAGACAUGCACAAGUCAAGACUUCAAUCUAAGCCAAAAUCUCCACAUCCAUAUCAAUUGUCUUCUGGGGACCACGAUGAGUGUCCCUAUUAAAACUUUAUGGCAUUCUGUCCAUUAGCUGUGGUCAAGAAGGACCUUUGCUUGAACCCUGCAUUACCAAAAACCUGCAAAAAUAGCUUUACAAUAUGCAUGUCUGUGUAAUUACCUUAACUGCAGCUGGUGUGUGUAUCACAUAAAUGUUAUGCUUUGGAUUAUUAAUUAACUUUUUGUAUGUGACAACAGACAUGAAGCUACAGUAGUAUCAUAAGUUGAAGAAAUUUUCUUCCACCACCCCAAAUAUAUCGACAAUUGUGAAAAUGAUGUAAACCAUUUUGGCUGUGCAUGUUAUCUAAGGUUUGCAACUUACAUUCAAAACCGAAAGAAACUUUUACUUGCACAGGGCUGUGCUCAUAUCUUAGGUUCUUAGAUGAACUGUUUUCAAACUGUUUGGCACCACACUAGAGAACAAGCCAAGGCAGCACUUAAAAAAAACAAAGCUCAUCUUUAUUGGUCUUGUGACAGAAAUUU